AUGAAGUGCUUCUGCUGCUUUCGCGGCCCCAAGACGCCCAACAUUUCGUCGGACACACAAGCGUUGGAGAAGCUCCAAGCCGAGCUGCCCACGGUCGUCCUAGCAAAUGAAAGAAUUAAGCUCGGGUGCAGCAAGAGCGGAGCUCCAGCGCUGCGCAAGCUGGGCGAUGGCAUUCUCAUCUACGACCAGUACCUCGACGACGCAGCUACGCCUCGGGAAUUCUUCGACAAACUCCUCGGCUUCCUCGACCACUUCGUGCUCAAUUGCCCUCGCAACGGCGCUGUGCUCCUCGGUGCCAUCGUGACGCAGUCGCUCAACGCCCGCGACGGCUACGAAAAAGCGUCUCGGGAAGUCUACUACUGGUGCGUGGCAGCGCUACCACUCCUCGAGGCCUUUGAGGACGCACUGCAAAGCGGGCGCAUCAACGACGCUCAACUCCUCUUGCUCUCAGUCUACGAACACGGCACAACCAUCAUGCACACGGUCGCCUCCGCGCUCGCCAAGACGACCAAGCACUUGGAGCUGGCCAUGCAGAACGCCACGGACUUGAGCCGACGCAUGGCCUUUCAGGCGUCGACGCCCAACACCCGUUCGAUCGGGUGCGCAACAACGUCGAAUGACGAGUCCCUUCUGGCGUUUGGAGCGCCGCCGGCCGAUGCGGGGGCGCGCAUCACGACGUAUGGUCGACCGGCUGCAGUGGAUGAAAAGCUCUCCGAUCUGCUGCAAGUGCUUGCCAAACGAAUGGAGUUGAUGCUGAAGAGCAUUGAUUGUGGCUGGAAUCAACUGCAGCGAACGCACGUCAUCGAGACCCUUGACGACGAACGGCGGCAGCCAAAUUUACUCAAGUUUCUCGACCAGUCGACGAUGGACAAGUACUUGACAUCGGCGUCAGCGUUGCGGACAACCUGCAGCGACUUUAUGCGUCGUCAUGCGCAGCACCAAGCCGUCUAG